AUGGCCACAUCUACUGCAGAGCUGCUUCUGGCCACUCUGACAGAGCUGGGUAUGGAUGCGUUAAAGACAUUUAAAUGGUACUUUAUCUCCCAGUUGGGCUUCUCUCCCAUCCCAAAAUGCCAGUUAGAGGGUGCUGACAGAGAGGACAUUGUGGACAAGAUGGUGGAGACCUACAGCUUUGUGACCGCUCUGGAUAUCUCACUGAAGGUCCUGAGGAAGAUGAAACACAACAAUCAAGCUGAGAAGUAUGUUGACCUGGUGACAGAGGUACGAGGGUUCAAUGACCCUCAAAAGGAAGAGUACUUCAGGAAGAGAAUCAGCGAUGAGAACCUGGCCAGCAGAGUCAUCUCACACAUAAAGACAUCAACGAGCAUCUACAUCAUGUGCCACCUACCAGUCUUCUGUUGGAUAUCUGCUACAGUUCUAGAGAAAAUUAGUGAAGAAGAGAUUAGAGAGAUGCCAAAGACCCUAGCUCAAAUGUACACACAGUUUGCAGUUGUCCAGGCUAAACAGAUGAAUGUGAAGUAUUAUGGGAAAUAUGAGGACUUGGAUAUGUUUGAACUCAAGAAGUACUCCAGAUCAGAGGAAGGUCGGCUGAAGCUGCUGCCAUUGGUCAAAGCUUCAAGAACUGUGAGGCUGAACCAUUGUAACCUCUCAGAAGGAUGCUGUGAAGUGUUGGCCUCAGCUCUCAACUCCUCUUACCUGAGAGAGCUGGACCCGAGUGACAAUGACCUGCAGGAUUCAGGAGUAAAGCUACUCUCUGCUGGACUGGAGAAUCCACACUGUAAACUGGAAACACUAAGGUCAGUAGGCUGUCAGAUCACAGAUGAGGGCUGUGUUUCUCUCGACACAGCUCUGAGGUCAAACCCCUCACACCUGAGAGAGCUGGAUCUGAGCUACAAUCACCUAGGAGACACAGGAGUGAGACUGCUUUCUGCUGGACUGGAGGAUCCACACUUGAGACUGGAGAAACUCAAUAUGGAAAAUGGUGGAGAGUGCAGGAUCAAACCUGGACCUAAAAAAUAUGCUUGUGAGCUCCCACUGGACCUAAACACAGCACACAGACUCCUCACACGGUCCCAGGAGAACAGAAAGGUGACAUGGUUGGAGGAGCAGCCGUAUCCUGAUCACCCAGAGAGAUUUAAACAAAGGGAAAUGGUGCUGUGUAGAGAGGCUCUGUCUGGACGCUGUUACUGGGAAGCAGAGUGGUCUUUUAGGUCUUACAUGGGAAUGACAUAUAAAGGAAUCAACAGGAACAAGGGGGAUGAUGACGGUGUGCUUGGAUCCAAUGACAAGUCCUGGAGUCUACACUGCUCUGAUAAAAGUUACUCUGCCUCCCACAAUAAGAGUGCCACUGACAUACCUUUCCCCUCCUCCGGCUCCCACAAAGUAGGAGUGUAUCUGGACUGGCCGGCCGGCACUCUGUCCUUCUACAGUGUCACCUCUGACACACUGACCCACCUCCACACAUUCCACACCACGUUUACUGAGCCCCUCUAUGCAGGGUUUUGGCUUCUUGAGUGCAACACCUCAGUGUCCCUGUGUAAGGUAAAAAAGCUUCAUGUGUCCAGUGGAUAGUUUGUUAAUUUGUUGGUGAUGUGGACGCCAAGAGACUUGAAGCUCUCAACCUGCUCCACUACAGCCCCGUCGAUG